AUGCAAAACUCAGAUAUCGAGGCGUACAUCUCAAGAUUCAGUGAACUAGCCCUUCUGUGCCUGAGUAUGAUCACUUCAGAGGGAAACAAGAUUAAGUGGUUCAUUUGGGGAUUAACUUCCCCAAUCCAAGGAAACGUGAUUGCAGCAAACCCCGAGACUUUUGACAGUGUGAAAAGGCUAGCUCAGAAGCUUUACGAUCAUGGCAAUAAGAAGAGUACCAAACUUUUUGAGACAGAGAACAAGAAGGAAGGGAAUAACAAGAAAAAUGGAGAAAACAAAAGAAAGGGAAGACAAAACCAGGGAUCCUCUAAAAAGCAGCAAACCGUAGCAGUCCACGCUGCUACUGCUCAAGUUGCGCCAGCCCCAGCUGCUCCACUCUCAUUUGCGCAAACUACUAGCAUGCCAUACUCAGGAACCUUAACAAAAUGUAACAAAUGCAACUACCACCAUAAUGGCGAGUUCAGAGAAAUGCAGUGUAGCAAUUGCAAACGCAAGGGCCACACCACCCAAUACUGCAGAUCUCAACCCCAACAGAACCAACAACCAAACAACAACAACAACAACAACAAUGCCGAGGCCAGUCAUACUUGUUAUGGAUGUGGAGGAGCUGGCCAUAUUAGGCGAAAUUUCCCCAAAGCCAACAACCAAGGAGCAGGAGGACAAGGUAGGGUCCUGACAUUGGGGCAAGUAGAGGCAGUUCAAGACCCGACAAUUGUUACUGUUUUUUCACUUUCUUUUCUCGGUUUUUGUGUGGCAAGAAAGGAUAACCAGAUCACCAACCUCAAUAAAUUGAUCGAGUCAAGAAGAUCAGAGAAUCCACCACAUGUCAAACCAUGGACAGAAGAAGACACAUCAAACUUAUCUCCACUUUCUAUUGUCCCUCAACAAGGGUCAAAGGAAGAAGAUAUGAUUGACAAGUUGCCAGGCCAACCACAAGUCGAUUUUGAUCAUUAUUCAGGCUAUGUAACAGUCGAUUCAAAGGCUGGAAGGGCGUUGUUUUAUUACUUUGCUGAAUCACCUCACAAUUCUUCAACCAAACCUCUUGUCCUAUGGCUCAAUGGAGGGCCAGGAUGCUCGUCGUUUGGAUAUGGAGCCAUGGAAGAACUUGGACCCUUCCGAGUCAACAGUGAUGGGAAAACACUCUACCGCAAUGAUUAUUCAUGGAACAAUGCGGCUAAUGUACUAUUUUUGGAGUCGCCAGCUGGAGUGGGGUUCUCGUAUUCAAAUAGAUCGUCUGACUACACGACAGGGGACAAGCAAACAGCUAAAGACUCAUACACUUUUCUCAUCAACUGGCUUGAAAGAUUCCCCGAAUACAAAACCCGAGAUUUCUUUAUUACAGGUGAAAGCUACGCAGGUCACUACGUACCUCAACUCGCAUCCCUCAUUCUCUCGGAAAACAAGAAAACUAACGCAACGAUUAUUAAUCUUCGUGGGAUUGCGAUUGGGAAUGCUUGGAUUGAUGACAAUACAUCUUAUGAAGGGAUGUAUGACUACUAUUGGACACAUGCCCUAAACUCUGAUGAGACAAAUGAAGGUAUCAACAAGUACUGUGACUAUGUUACUGGGAACUUCUCAGAAGAGUGCUACAAGUAUCAAAGCCAGGGAGACGGUGAAUAUGGUGGAAUUGAUAUUUACAACAUUUAUGCACCAUUUUGUGAUGAUACUACACAAAAAUCUGGAACUAACGGAACUCAUAUUACUGUUUUUCACACAAGAUUCGGUGUUGGAUGGACGGAUAGCCCAACAACCAUUUUGCCUACUAUCACACAACUUAUUGAAAAUGGUGUUAGUGUCUGGAUAUAUAGUGGUGACACAGAUGGACGGGUCCCAGUAACAUCCUCAAGGUACUCCGUGAAUAAGUUGAAGCUCCCAGUAGCGACUUCUUGGAGACCAUGGUACUAUAACAAAGAGGUUGGAGGAUAUGUGGUAGGCUACAAAGGAGUUGUACUUACCACAGUAAGAGGUGCAGGACAUACAGUUCCAAGCUACCAGCCAGAAAGAGCAUUGCAAAUGAUCUCAUCAUUCCUUGAGGGGAAACUUCCCCCAACUUUCACAUAA